AGGGAAUGAAGAGGGGUUCUUACUGCUCACAAUUCCCUUAAAAAUGGUGCGGCAAUCAUAAGGGAGAAGGGCGCAAGUGGGCUCUAGACAAGCACGUGGGACUUUCCUAUGGGAAAAUGCACGCUGUCAUGGCCAUGCCAUAUUUUCCCAUCCGAGUUACCACAAACCCUACUUUUUCCAGGAAAAUUUUCAUUUUCUAGGAAAAGUUUUCAUUCACCCACCAGUGUUUGGCAGCAGCUUCUGUCUCUGGGGAAAUUAUAGUUUAAAAUCUGUUAAGGAGCUUCUGAUGAGCACAUAAGAAGAAAACAGAGGAAUAAGCCAUGAAGUUUAUGAAACUUGGAUCCCGGCCGGAUACUUUCUACGCUACUGAUGCUGUAAGGUCAGUCUCCUCUGAAGUUUCUAGUGAUCUCAUAAUUCAAGUGAAAGGAAGCAGAUAUUUGCUUCACAAGUUUCCUCUGUUAUCCAAGUGUUUGAGGCUGCAGAGGCUCUGCUCUGAGUACCAAGAAUCUUCAAACCACCACAUAAUCCAGCUCCAUGACUUCCCCAGUAGCGUCGAGGCUUUCGAGCUCUGCGCAAAGUUCUGCUACGGCAUCACUAUCACUCUCAGCGCCUACAACAUUGUCGCUUCUCGCUGUGCCGCUGAGUACCUGCAGAUGACCGAGGAUGUCGAGAAGGGAAACCUUGUAUACAAACUCGAGGUGUUCUUCAACUCCUGCAUCCUCCACGGUUGGAGGGACUCAAUUGCCACGCUUCAGAGCACGAAGGCAUUUCCUCUGUGGUCGGAGGAGCUUGGAAUCACAUCCAGGUGCAUUGAAGCAAUUGCCACAAAAGUCCUCACAAACCCUUCCAAAGUUAGCCUGUCACACAGCUAUUCCAGGAGGGGCAGAGAUGACAUUGUGUCGUGCAAUGGCUCCGAGAGCCUCCGGCAUAACAGUAGGCCUACAGGCAGGGGAUGGUGGGCUGAGGACAUUGCAGAAUUGGGGAUUGAUUUGUAUUGGAGAACUAUGAUUGCUAUAAAAUCUGGUGGGAAAAUUCCCUCUAGUCUCAUUGGAGAUGCAUUGAAAAUUUAUGCGGCUCGAUGGUUGCCUAAAAUAUCGAAAAACGAAUGUGAUCAUCGACAAGCAGCGUCGGAUUCGGAUUCAGACUCGGCCAAUGAUUUAACUUCAAAGCAUAGGUUGAUCUUGGAGUCCAUCGUAAGUUUAGUUCCAGUCGAAAAAGGUGCUGCUUCCACUAGCUUUCUGCUUAAACUUUUAAAGGCAGCCAACAUUCUCAAUGCUUCUUCUUCUUCAAAAAUGGAGUUGGCUAGAAGGGUAGGGCUUCAAUUGGAUGAUGCAACAGUCAAUGACUUGCUAAUCCCCUCUGCGUCGUGUGAAAGCGACACGCGAUAUGAUGUGGACAUAGUCAUGACAAUUUUGGAGCACUUCUUGCAGCAGGGGCAGAGCCCCCCAACUAGUCCUCCGAGGUCCAAGCUUGGUUUCGAAAGGAGGAGGUCUCGCUCUGCGGAGAACAUUGAUUUUGAGUUUCAGGAGAGCCGGAGAUCUUCCUCGGCGUCACAUAGCUCGAAGCUGAAGGUGGCUAAGAUUAUAGAUGUGUAUCUUCGGGAGAUUGCCCGGGAUGUCAAUCUGUCCCUCUCAAAAUUCAUUGCAAUUGCUGAGGCAAUACCAGAGUUUGCAAGGCUUGACCAUGAUGAUCUCUACAGAGCAAUUGACAUUUACCUCAAGGCACAUCCAGACCUAAACAAAAGUGAAAGGAAGAGGCUUUGCAGAAUUCUAGACUGCAAAAAGCUCUCAAUGGAGGUCUGCAUGCAUGCUGCACAAAAUGAGCUGCUCCCACUAAGAGUGGUGGUCCAAGUUCUUUUCUUUGAGCAAGCUAAAGCCGCCAUGGCUGGCGGCAAAGUGACCGAGCUGCCUAGCAACAUUAGGGCUCUGCUAGCCUCGCAUAACAUUGAUCCGUCAAAGCCUCCGCCCUCUCUAAGCAACGCUAGUAUUGUUCCGGCAGAGGAUCAAUGGAGCGUUUCAGGCCUGAAAUCGCCAAAGUCAAAGACGUCAACUUUACGAAUGAAACUGGAUGAAGACGAUGAUUUGGACGACAAUGAUAUGCAUCCUGAUGGACUUGGGAGAAAUUCAAAGCUCAAAUCUCUUUGUUCACUUCCUGCUAAACCCAAAAGAAUGUUCAGUAAGUUGUGGUCCAUAAACAGAACUAGCAGUGAAAAGAACUGAGUGAUUUUUGUAUAAUUUGUUUUCCCUAGCACACCAUUAGUGAUAUCUUCGGUGUAUGUAAGUUCUCUCCAAGCUGGAAUGCGGUAAUCCAAAUAUUCCAAAGAACAACAUAUAAUACUAUGCUUUUUCGCUCCCCUCAUUCCUUGUAAACUUACUAGGAACAAAAAUUAAGAAGGAUUCCAAUGUGCAUUAGUUAAUGUUCAUGUAAUCUUUUGUAAUAAGAAAGAAGAUCUUCAGGGCA